AUGGAAUGCACUUUUGAAAGGCGCAUACCUCACAGGACUUUUCAUUACAGAAUUUAAAAUAGAAGUUGCUGUGGUUUUGUGUGUGGGGUUUGUUUGGUUUGGUUUUUUUUAUAAUGUGAGGUUCGUGUAAGUUUAUAGCAGUUCAUAUGCAAGCACCUCUCAGUAAAGUUAGCUUCUCAACAGUUCUUAGCUUGCAAUGAAAUACCUAAAUGUGAACCAUACUUUAAAGUGAAAUAUAUACUAGAUGCCAGCUUUUACUCAGUUACUUUUAUUAAUCUAAGGAGUUUACCAGAACAAAGGAGGUGUCAAGCUGAAUAGUUUACAAAGAAGAUACAUAGAUCUUUUAGAGUACAAGUCAGUAAACUUUGCUUACGCAGCUGGCUCCAUUCAUUCCCUGAAGCCAAUCACUUCCCCUGUGGUGGCUGAUAAGAAUUUAACAGUUUGGGAAGGUGGAGUGUCAGCAUCCUUAAUGCUGACCACUUUCCCAGUCAUAUCAAUAGCCUCUGUCCAUCACCCAUGCUGGAAGCUACUUGGAAAAGGAGAAACAGAAAUUGGGGAAGGGAAAUCAUGCAUCAUCAUCCUGGCUGGAAUGUACAGAAGACUUUAUGCUGUUUUCAUCAUGUGGAUUCACUAGAGAAAUGACCCCUUUUGAUCAGCCAAGUAAAAUCAAAAACUUGUUUAUUUGCUGCCUGUGGCCCUCACGAGUAUUGAGGCUCUGGACUUGCAGGCGCCCAAGGACAAGGAGGAAUCUGCUAGUGGGCGCUGCCUGUGUGAUCUACUUGGGAUUCCUUGUCAGCCAAGUGGGUCAUGUUUUACCUCAGCUCAGAGGAGGACAUCAAAAGAUCAGUUCCAGGAGUCUCCAAGAUGCAGCUCAAACUCCUUUUCUGGGCAUCCCACUGGAUGGCACCCUGUCACCACCCAAUUUCCAUGAACCCCAGCUUGGUAGAAGUGGGACCUUGCUGCCACCCAAUGUAGUUUAUAUCACCCUGCGGUCCAAGCGCAGCAAGCCUGCCAACAUCAGAGGCACAGUGAAGCCAAAGCGCAGGAAGAAAACUGCAACCCCUUUGUCCUAUGGGCAGCACUUUCCAAAAGCCACUUUUAUGGGCUGGGAAGAGGCCUUUGCCCAACAGCCAGGGAGGGCCACACAUGCUGAAGGCACAAUGGGAGCAGCGGUUGCUCUGGAGGCAAGAAAGUACAAACUGGAUGAAAACAGGCAUAAAGGAAUGGCUAUCAGGGAGAGAGGUCUCCAGAGGCCUGGGAGGAUUUCUGGAGCUGUAAAGGCACAGCUCCAGCCUGAGGAAAGCAAUAUCAGGAUUUACAGUGAGAACCCCCCAUCAUGGAUGAGCAAAGAUGACAUCCUAAACAUGCGCAUGCUGGCAGAUUCUCCCAUAGAGAGCCUUCAAGAAGCACCUUCGCACAAAGCAGCCGUGGUAGUAUUUGCAAGAGGUCCCAGCACUGCGGGAGCUGCUUGUAACCAAGGACGCUGCGGAAUUGUCAAAAGACCUCUCGACAUGAGUGAGGUGUUUGCCUUUCAUUUGGACAGGAUCUUGGGGCUAAACAGGAGCUUACCUUCUGUAAGCAGGAGAUCAGAGUUCUUCCAAGGUGGUCAAGCCUGUCCUGUUAUUCUCUGGGAUUCCACUCUGAGUCCAACAGAUAGUAGUACCCAUUCUUCAGUGAGGUUAACAUGGGGACAAUAUCAGCAGCUAUUGAAGAAGAAAUGCUGGCAGAAUGGUAAAGUUCCCAAAGCUGAGUGGGGCUGUACUGAAAUUCAUCAUCACGAAUGGUCCAAGAUGGCACUCUUCGAUUUUCUGUUGCAGAUCUAUAAUCGACUAGACAGAAAUUGUUGUGGAUUCAAACCUCUCAAGGAGGAUUCCUGCAUGCAGCAAGGACUGAAACUGAAAUGCAGUGAUCAGGAUGCCGUUAACCUGACACACAUCAUUCAGAGAAGGCAUGACCAAAGGCACUUGGCCUUUAUAGACAAUAAGGGUUUCUUUGACAGAAAUGAGGACAACCUUGACUUCAAAAUACUACAAGGAAUCAAUGAAUUCCCUGCAUCUGCUGUUUCAGUUUUGAGGAGCCAGCGUUUACGUGAGAAGUUGCUUCAGUCUUUGUUCCUUGACAAAAUAUACUGGGAGAGCCAAGGAGGCAGAAAAGGAAUUGAAAAGCUUAUUGAUGUAAUAGAAAGGAGGUCCAAAAUUCUUCUUACUUAUAUAAAUGCACAUGGAGCCAAAGUAUUGCCCAUGAACGAAUGAAACAGUCUUAUUCCCUUCUGAAAGAAAGUCUUUAAAAAAUGUUUUAUGGGGCAGAAACUGAUGGUAAAAUUGAUUUAAUUUAUAGCAUUAUUUUUUCCCAAACUUCCAAGUUUAAGAAAUCUUACAUGGUUUAAAAGCAACAUUUAAAUAUCAGCUGCAGCCCAACACAGUGUAGUCUCUUCUAUGCCACCAGUCAAAUGAAAAAUAACCAAAUGAUAAUAUGCAGUAAUAUGUAGGUACCAUGAACACUCUUUCUGUCAAACUGUUCAGAAACAGGAUUUUAGCAACAGGAUUUUCAGUACAUUGGGCUGGAUUGCUCUUACUUCCCUCAUGGAAGUCAGUAGAGGAUUUAGUGCAAGUUUAAUUGGGAAAAGAUAUGUUUAAGCACUUGAAACAUCGAUGACACUUGUUGAAACAUUUCUAGUACAGAAAUUUGUUCUUUUAUUAGAUAGACUGAAAUGCCAACAUUUCCAAGGGUUUCUUUAAUUUUAUUUUGAUCUUUUGAAAUCUGAGAACUAAAUUCAGCUCUUUUAAAUGCAGGAGUGUUUGCACUGGACAUGAGGGAAUUUUAGACACAGAUUGAGGAGAACAUGGCUUUGACAAUAACAAUUAUUUUGACAAAUACGGUUUUUACUUGUCCAGUAUGGGGUACAAUUCAUCAUGAGUCACUCAUUGCAAUGUAUUUUUUUCAAUGCAAGUUGUUCUGAUGUGUGGGUGAAUGAUCUGAUAUUUUCUGUCUGUUGAUUAACUGGGUAUUUUUAAAAAAAUAGCUUUAGCUUUGUGUGAAUAUGCUGCUAAAUAAGUACAUGUUUUGUUUUUGCAAAAUUCUUGACAGUAUUUUUUAAGAAUAUUAUCAAAAAGCAGACCUCCUAACAAGAGUGUUGUUAAAUGCAGCAGAGGAAAGGUUGAUUCUGUGUGCUCAGCUCUAGCCAUCCAUUCAAGGUUGGGUUUCCCUUAAGAUUGACCACUGUGAGGUGAUGAUUGUAACUGAGAACUUGUCCCAAGUGUUCCCACCGGUAUGGUUGUUAGGGAAGGUUGGAUAAGCACUUCAGAUUUUUAACCUUGAAAUGCUCCAUAAAGAAAAUAUCAAUUGACACAGCCUAUCAUCACAUACAUGUUCUACCUGUCUGUUUAGAAAAACUCUUACCAUCUUCCUAGAGAAAUAUCAUCUUUUUGCCAUGAGGUAAUAGUAGAAGUUGGAUACUUUUGUAGCUACUCUUGUCUCCAUGUAUCAUAAAAAUAUAUGGGGUGUGAAAGAAUUCUGAAAGUGCUUGUGGAAUGUUAUUAGUGACAAACUAAAAUGUCUCUUGUCACUGUUAAUGUGGAUAGGUCAAUUUAAUGUUUUAAAUAACUGCAAUUCCACUGCAGCUAAAAUCAGUUUUCUUUCUUAGUAUCAGAAAACCCAUUAACAAUAAUUGCAUUACUAGAAGAAGUAGAUCUCAUUAUAGGCAGAGUUAAAAAGACUUAGUAAAAUUUUAAGACCUUAGCCAGCUAAAUAAUCUUUUACUUUAUUUUGUCAGCAAAGGACAGAUCGAUUUGUUAAAUCUUCCUAGAACUUAACUAUUGCCCCGAGAGAAUGUGUUUUAGAGUGCGUUGGACUUUUUAACACCAAGAUGGAAUUUUACAGGAUUUUCUAUUUAUCCCUUUCUUAAAAUUGUUGUAACUUAUUAGCCAGAUAAUUUUCAUCACAGAAACAAAAAUACUAGUUUGGCUUGCACUGUGAGCAGUCUAGAGAAAGAAAUAAUCAUCAGGAUACAUUUCACAUGGAAUUUCUGCUGCAGUGAAUUUCGCUCUAUGAUGGCCAUCACAAUCAGUUUGUUUCAUUUUCCAGCCUAUCUCACAGGUUUCCUCCUUCUAGAUACCUGUUCACAUAGAUUAUCCCUCACUGCUGGGAGUGAGAGAAAGGCAUGACUCUCAGCUGCACUGAACUUAGGAGAGGGCCCAGCAGAGUUGUGAAUGUAGCUGAUUGUGACAAGGUCCCAUGAGAAAUCUGUCUUCUAUCUUUGGACUGCACAUACUGAUGCCAAGUCACUGCCUCACUUUGCCCAGUUGUAAUUUUUUUCCAGAAUUGGCUCAUUGACAAAAAAGACAAGGAAAUCUGUUAUCUUUCCAGGCUGGAUCAUUUAUUUUUUAUGGUGAUAACUUGAUGCAUUCUUCUCCGUUUCUUCAGGAUAUGGACUAGUUUUUCCUUGAGCAUGACACAUGCUUUUUUUUAUUUGCCUGGCAGUUCAGUGCCAGCUCUUAAAGCAGCAAUGCAAUUGUCUAUGAAAUGCAUCUCAGUAGUCCUGGAUUCAAGAGACAUGAGUAGCCACAAUGCUGUGCAGUACUUAACUAACCAAGCAUGAAAAGCGUAACUGAAAAAGCAAAAUUUCUAGAGACUUUCAAGGGGCAAAGAAAUACUGCCCAUGCUGUGUUAGCAUGCCAUAUUUCAUGUACGAACAGUCUCGUAGUCUUCAGGUAAGCCAGGAGACUCUUUGUGAGAUUGGACAGUGAGACAGAUUGCUUCCAGUUCUCUCAUAUUGAUAACAAACUCCAGAAAGUGCUUUUCCCCUAUAUUUAUCCUACUGCUGUGGAGCUUGGUACAUAAUCCAAAAUUGUUAAUAAUGCAAAAUGUGAUUGCAAUAGCUCUCAUGAAGGCAUACUAGCUAAGUUCUAGCAUUUUUUAAAAUGAAAAUGAAGAAGUCUGUAUUUUUUGAGUGCAUUUCUAUAAAUGCUAUAGUAAAAAAUACAAAAAGACCACUUUAAGUUUGUUUAUUCUCUGCUACUGUAUUUCAGAUACCUGCUUCAAUAACAGGGGUAAAGUUUAUUGGGAAACUGGGUUCAAAUCCUUUCGAAGUAGCAUGACUUUGGACUGACAGGAACUGCACUGUAGCUAAAGUAAUAUUAACUGAGAGGAAUUUUCACAUUAUGGUGAUUGACAGAAAGCCAAGAAACUGUGCUUUACUCCUCUUUGCUGGGCUCUCUUCCAUUUCUGGGCAUAGGGAAUCGGACAAAGAUUUGUGUUGCACAUUACGUGGAAGGGUGUAACCAACAGCAGCAGGGCAAAACCUGUGGGUGGGAAAAGGCGAUUAUGUCAUUCUUGAAUCUGCCUGAAAGCCAGAACCACAUGAAAUGGAAUUACUAAGAAAGUCAAAAGAGUUUGCUCUCAAAAGAGCUUGAGAUUUCGUAACACUGGAAGACAGAGCUUAAAAUAAGUAGCACAGGCACAGAUGCCUUAAAAUUCCUUGGGAGCCUGCCAGCAAGUUAUUAGUCUCAAAUGUUUCAGAAGCUGAGGACAUGAAAUCUGUGGAGCACGUGUGAGAGCAGUUUCCUUCUUUUCUUGUGUGGGUAUUCUAUAAUACACCAUAUUAAAAUAAAUAAAUAAAAACCAGAUUAAUUCCAUGGUUUCAAACUUGCAAACGCAGAUUCAGGGUACAUUAAGGGACAAGGUUCCCACAGCAAACCUGGGGACACUUUCAUGCGUGUGUGUGUAUGCAGGCAUGAAAAUACAUGUAUAUUUACAUAUAGUAAAUACAAGUAUUUAUACUUUGGGUUGUUUCUAAAAAAAAUGGUCAAUUUGGCUAAUAAAGAGUGAGCUGUUUAUAUAAUUUACUGUUUACAUGUAGAAUUGUAUUUGGGAGCCUAAGUCCAAUUUUGGGUAUACACAAGUUGAAGUUUAAAUAAAACAUUAUAAUAGAUGAAACUUUUGUUCCCAAAGGAUUAACUCUUCUUUUGCUAACAUAUUUAUAUAAUCUUAAAAGUUUUUUACUGACAAUUGUAGAGAAAAACAGCAAUAUGUUUGUAUCUGUGCUAAACUUCCAGAGUGAUAUCAACUCAGAUGUUUUUUAAAGUUUUAUACUAGAUAUUAAAUUUCCAUUUUGUUUUGGAAUUUGUGAAUUUUAAAAGUCAAUUUGUCCUUUAAUUAGUAACAGUAACAGUGUUCAAAUGACUCAUUUGAAUCUCUGCUGCUAUUGUCAUGUAAUACGUAGGAAUAUACAAAAUAAAGAUAUAUCUUUAUCCGA